AUGUUUGUCAACACAAAAACACUUCAGCAGCCUGUCCGACAGCUCCUCUUCGCCGACGGCGCUGCCCUCGUCGGCCACACCAAAAGAGCCCUACAGCGCCUAACAUCCUGCUUUGCCUCUAGUCUCCGAAGUAGUGACACAGUCGCACAUGCACCCGUAUUCAGUUCAGGAAAUGAUGGAGUUAGAUGCGAACUGCCAAGUCAACAGCGAAUUUCUAAAAUGGUUCAACCCAACGACAAUGUACGCACAGUUAUUGAAAAGCAUACUUAUCUUCUUUCUUUUUUCUUCUUUUUUAAUUUCUCCUCCUUCCUCGUUAAACCUCUACUUUUCUUUUUUUUAUAUACUUCCUUGAUUAUUUUUAUACCUUCGCCUUCAUUUCAAAUUCUUUCCCUACUCAUUUUUUUUCGUUCUUUUUGCUUUUCUUUUCUCUUUCUUCCUCUUUCCAUUUUCCAUUUCUUUCUGUUCUUCUCUUCUCUUUUUCUUUUCUCGUUCUUCCUCACCUUGUUUCCUUGUCCUCUUCUUAUUUCACGUUUCUCUACUUACUUUUUAUUUCUCUUCUUGCUUUCUUUCUAUUUUUCUUUCCGCUCUUUUUUGUUUUCAUUUUAUUUCCUUUUCCUUCAUCCUCUAUUGCGUUUUAUUGUGUUCGACAUUGUUAAUUUCUUUUUCUUUUUUCUCCGUUUCUUCUUCUCUCUGUUUUCUCUUUCAUUCUUCUCUUUCUCUUCUUCUUUUUUCUCUUUUAAUUUUUUUUUCUUCAUUUACAUUCCUUUCUUUUUUCUUUUUUUUUUCUUCUAUUCUUCUUGGUCUCAUUAUUUUCCUCUUUCUCUUUUUUCCUCUUCUUUUUCUUUCCUCAUCUUCUAUUCGAUUUCUCUAUUCGUCCACUUCUUUUUCUUUCUUUUUCUUUCUCUUUCUCUUCUUGUUUUUUUUUCUUUUCUUAUUCUCUUCUAA